AUGGCGCGCCUCCAAGAAGCGAUGGCCGCCGCCGAGGCGCGCGCGGGCGCGCAGGGGUGGCGGUGGCAGGGGGUUCGGCAGCUGGUGGUUUAUGGGCUCGGCUGCAUUGAGGACAGCAGAGUGUCUCGCUACCAGCUCUUCGACCCUGCGUUCUCCGCGACAGACGCCGCCCUCAUCGCGGCGUUGGGCUGCCAGGUCAUCGCCACCAACGAGGGCGGCGCCCGCGUGGCAGAGGAACAGACGCUGUUCUACUUACCCCACUGCGAGGCCGCGCUCUGCGACAGCCUGCUGGCCGCCAACUGGCGCGCGGGCCGCCUGCCACACCUGGCUGUCCUGGGCAACAGCUUUGAUUUGUACAGGGAGCGCUGGGCAGCGGCGGGCGCGAAGCCGGGCGGCGCGCGGCCGGGGCGGCUGCUGCGACUCGUGGAGGCGGGCGCGGUGGCCGAGCUGCCGGUCCCCGACUGCGGCUUCCACGUGACUUCCGCCUUCAACGACAGCAGCCUGCACCUGCUCCUGGCCGACGCGUGCGGCGACGCGUUGGGGCCCUGCGACUGA